CGUCUGUCCUACCACUUCUUCUUACUCCUCGCUCUUCUCUUUCUCCACAUUCAGUCAUACAGCAUGGCGCAACAGAAGCUCAGAAUCCUCGCUUUGCACGGCUACACUUCCAACUCCUUUGUGCUGCACCGCCGCUUUGGUGCCAUUCGCAAAGCCUGCCGAAAUGUAGCCGACUUUGUCUUUGUCAAUGGACCUCUCCUCGUGCAGCCAAUCACCUCGACACAAUCCCUGGAUGCGCCCGAUGGGCAGGAUGAAGUGACCGAGGAUACUCCAAUUGAGCAGCAGCCGAGGGCUUGGUGGAGAGCGACGGACGAGGGGGCGUACAAGGACAUUGGACAGAGCUGGAGCUUGCUAAGUGACGAGAUUGCCAAGAUGGGAGGUAUAGAUGGAGUAGUCGGCUUCUCACAAGGAGCCUGCCUAGCAGCCAUCAUCGCAGCAGCCUUUGAGAACCCCUCCCUCCUCCCCGACCUAAAGAUUCCCGAAGGUCAUCCUCCACUCAAAUUCUGCAUCGCAAUCUCUGGCUUCCGGAGCAGGGAUCCGAACCAUCAAGCACUCUUCGAGGGCAAAGAUGGCAAGGGCAUCAGUACACCGGUUCUGAGCAUCCUUGGGAGGAGCGACCAGAUUGUGACUGAGGACCGUUCACAAACUCUUCUCGAUUGCUGUCAAAAAUCUAGGGUGGAGUGGCACCCGGGUGGACAUGUAGUGCCCAGCCAAGCUCCGUGGAGGAACUUCAUGCGCGAUUUCCUAGCUACCUUUACGACGGAGCAGCAACCGAAUGAGGAUUGGAGGACCGUCGAGUCACCAGAGACAAGAGGCUCGCAUGGGGAGGAUGACGAGGCUGGCAGUGGAGCUUCGACGCCGGCGCGUGGUGGGAAGAGGCCGGGUCUCUAGUCAUCUCCAUCUGUACUGGAGACUAUUUCUAGAUGCCCCAAACACAAUAGAUUAUCACCUCUCAUCGCCGCCGCCUAAGUUCCUCAGCUCCGCCAUCGGCAAGGUAAGGAACAGACAGAUCGAGAUGGAUGAACAAUGUUAGAUUACAAGUACAGAUUGGGGAGAAAGUCGACAGUAGUCGAGGGAUGUCGCAACAUCGCUGGGAGAAGUUCAUCUUGCCUCAAAGUGAAGCUGAGCGGAGGUGAGGUCGUA